AUGUCUCUGAUCACUUGUGUUUUGGAGGAUGGUUGCAAUUUACAACGAAUCGAUGAUUAUUAUUCUCGUAUUUUUCAUGAAUUCAAAUACAAGAUGAAAUGCGGAAAGAAAAUCCAGUUUUCUGGAAAAUUUGUUCAUGUCAAUACAAUUUCCGAUGCUGGCAAGCCGUUGAAGCAUCCUAGCGAUGUUAAAAUUUCCUACAAAUUGGCAAUGAUUAUUGUUUCUGAUUUUGCCAACGAUCGGAUUGUGUUCUUCAACUUAUUUUCAUUUCAAUAUUGGUUUUCCAUGCCAUUGAAUAGGCCUAGUAAAAUGGAUCUAGAUGACAAUGACGACUUGAUUAUUGUAUCAAACUCUUCGCAACUUUUUAAAAUUGAUUUAAGAAAUAGAAAAGAAAUAUGGAAAAUUGAAAGAGUUGGUCUUUCUAUUUGUGGAAUUGCUAUAGAAAAGCACUCGAAUAGAAUUUUCCUUUGUGACAUCUCUUUUACGAAUCCAUGUAUUCAAAUAAGAGAACAAGAUGGAACCUUCCUCUCUAACUUUGAACUUCCCAGUGCUCUGUUAUAUCACCCCUUUUCUAUCGCUUUCGAUCCAAUUUGCAAUAACGCAUACAUUUCAUGUUACUAUCAACAUGUCAUUAUUAUGAGGUCUAUGGAUAAAGUACACGAUGUAAAAGAAAUCAUUGGAGGAUAUGGAGAAGACAUUGAAUCAUUAAGGCAACCACGUGGAAUAUUAUUGGAUGGAAAACAAUUAAUUGUAUGCGAUUCAUGUAAUUGUUGUAUAAAACUCUUCUCCCUUGAUGGUCAUAUAAUUAAGUCUUUCGGGAGUAAGGGAAUAGGCCUUGAUCAAUUUCGGUAUCCAGCUGCUGUUUGUCUGAAUGAGCUCAAUGGGGAACUCUUGGUGGUAGACAAUACAAAUCAUAGAAUAUUGGUGUAUCGAUGA